GACUGAGUAAUAUUCCAUUUUGUGUCUGUGCCACAUUUUGUCCACUCAUCUGUUGAUGGAUGCUUGGGUUGUCUCUGCCUUUGGCUGUUGUAAGAGUGCCAUCGUGGCAUCGCUGUGGGGUUGCUGGAUCACAGGUGGCUGUUCUAAUGCCGGUUCCCUUACUGUGGAAUUUCUCAGCCUAUGAAAUGUUUCUAUGCGCAGUAAACCCCGUAGAGAAAAACAGAGUUUUCAGAUUUCCCAAGCUUAUUUGGCCGUGAAAACUGUUUCUCCUUGUCUUUUGGAGUUGGUGUUACAGAACACACCUUGGGAGCCGCGUCAGAGAGGACUUUGAAGGAGGGUGUUUCCGGUGGCUGGCCCCGGUAGCCACUGUGCCUGCGGCUACCUUCAACCGAAAUGGUCAGAGCGUUCUUCCUUGUAGCCAUUCUUUUGUCCCCAAGUGUGAAAUAAUGAGAAGGUCACUUACAAUUUCUAGCUGGAAGGUACCUGGGAUGUAUAUUGAAAUAAUAAGUACGUGACUCUUUAGAACAGUUUUGGUUGUGAUUUAAGAGGAUAGACUAUUAAAAUAGGACAUUUCUGGAAAAUUUGAUGUAUGAGUAGAAGUAUCUAGACUUGUGAUUACCUCAUGACUUUUAAAAGCCAGAUGCUGUGUAAGAGCCCAGAUCCGGGCUCCCCGGGAGCGUGGCCCUGGGCGUUGGCACAGGGCCAAACUGUUGGUUUUCAAGGUGGCACCUCUGCUUCCUUCCUCAGUGCCGGGCUCCUCUUUCAUGGAGGGUUAGAAAUGGCUGGUCCCUGGUGACAGAGAGGGAAAGGGACCAGCUAUCAGAUGGGCACCCAGGGUGUGACUUUGUGUUGACUUUCUGCUUAUGUCUCUCGUAGGUUAAAUGCCUCCCUCUCCGCACAUCCUGAGAAAGAUGAAUUGAUCCUAUUCGGAGGUGAAUAUUUCAAUGGCCAAAAAACUUUUUUGUAUAACGAGCUGUACGUCUACAACAUCAGAAAGGACAGCUGGUCCAAAGUCGACAUCCCCAAUCCACCUCCACGGCGCUGCGCCCACCAGAGCAACAGGAGGUCCUUCAGGUCGGAGCGGACAUCGGAUGGUAGCCUGGAAGAGACAGUUAAUCCUUUUUGGUGGCUUCCAUGAGAGCACAAGGGACUACGUUUAUUACAACGAUGUGUACGCCUUUAACCUGGACACAUUCACCUGGAGCAAGCUGUGCCCGUCGGGGACAGGGCCCAGCCCCCGCUCAGGCUGCCAGAUGUCCGUCACGCCACAGGGCAGCAUAGUCAUCUACGGGGGCUACUCGAAACAGAGAGUCAAGAAGGACGUGGACAAAGGCACGCCGCACUCUGACAUGUUUCUCCUGAAGCCUGACGAGGGGAGAGAAGGCAGGUGGGAGUGGUCUCGAAUCAACCCAGCGGGAGUCAAGCCCACUCCAAGGUCUGGCUUUUCGGUGGCCAUGGCGCCAAAUCACCAGACGCUGCUCUUCGGGGGUGUCUGUGACGAGGAAGAGGAGGAGCGCCUGGAGGGUGACUUCUUCAACGACCUGUACUUCUACGAUGCUGCCAGGAACCGCUGGUUUGCGGGACAGCUGAAGGGACCCAAGACGGAGAAGAGACGGCGCCGGCGGGGCAAGAGGGCGGGGCCUGAAGGAGCCGGCGAGCAGGAGCAGGCGUGUGGGGGAGCCAGCACCCCGGCACCCCUGGAGGUGGUCACGGAGGUGGUAGCGGAGGACGGGACGGUGGUCACCAUCAAGCAGAUGGUCUGCGCCCCGAACGCGGCAGGACCACCCCAGCCCGAGGAUGAAGACAGUCCUGAGGAAGCCGGCAGCCCUGCGGUCGAGCCGAGUCCACGCUCCAACGCCAUGCUGGCCAUGAAGCACGGGGUGCUCUACGUCUACGGGGGCAUGUUCGAAGCAGGUGACCGCCAGGUCACCCUCAGUGACUUGUACUGCCUCGACCUCCACAAGAUGGAGGAGUGGAAGGCUUUGGUGGAGAUGGACCCAGAAACGCAGGAGUGGCUGGAGGAGACGGACUCGGAUGAGGACAGCGACCAGGCUGAGGGUGCGGAGGGUGGUGAGGAGGAGGAGGAAGAGGAAGAGGAGGAGGACAGCGCAGAGGAUGGCAGCUCGGAGGACGGAGUGGCAUCAUCUCGCUCCCUGGAGCUCCCAGCCGGCUGCUUGUCCCUCAGUGAGCCUGGAGAACAGUCUGACCAGCAUUGCUACAUGAGUCACCACAGACCAGCAGCUCCACGCCUGGCCACGUGUGCACCCUCACAUCAAUGUUCACGAUAGCCGAGAAGUGGAAACAACCCAAGGUCCAACCACAGAUAGACAAACAGAUGUGGUCUGCCCACACAUGGAUCACUCAGGCGUGGAAGGAACGAAGCUCUGACAGGCUACAGCGUGGCCGGACCUCGGGAAGAUGAAGGCAGACCCAGAAGGCCACGUGUUGCGGGAUUCUGUUCGUAGGAACGUACAGAAACCACAGAUCCACGGACAGUGGAUUGGUAGCUGCUUAAGGGCUAUGAGGCCUCUCCCAAGGUAAUAGGACUGUUCUAGAGUUAAUGGAGAGAGUUGCACAACUGAGUACACUGAAGGCCACUGAACUGUGUGCUUCAUCGAGGUAGCUUGUGUAAGAAUUAUACCUCAAUAAAGCUGUCACCUAAAAAGAGGGGGCGCUCAGAAUGAAUGGAUUCAGGUGUCAGGUCAGCGGCAGAGUAGCACCUGGGAGUGAGGAUCCCACCGACUGGAAGGGAGGGGGCUUUCCAGAGGUCCUCACUGGGGACGCGGCACCACCAGUCGCAAUCCCUGCUGGGGCGCCUGCACACACCCACCAGGGCCGUGGGCCUGACCAUCCGCCCAUCUGCAGGUCCUCCUCCCAGGCUGUGUCCCAGCUGAGUGACACCCCCAAGGGUUGUUCAGGGCCCAAUCCCAGCUCCACGGGGUGUUCUCAAACAGGUCCUAUACUUGAGCCCUCAACGCCCUCUCCCUGGGGGCCUGCAGAGCCCAGGGUCCCCGGCGGUGCCACCUCCCUCUCCUGUGCAGUGCUGGAGCCCCCGCCCCGCCGCUCUCUGCCAGGACUGACCCUGUGCUGCUCACACAGGGCCUUGGGCACGAGCCAUUAGCGUGGCCUCAGUCCCACCCUGCCCUGGCUUCCUCAGGUGACCACACAGUGACAAACACUCAGGCACUCGCCCCACACCCAGCUUGGGCCAGCGGCUUCACGUUUGGACUGAACGUGGUGACCAGCACAGUGAAAGGCACAGGCUCACUGCGACUUGCAGUUUCUCUGCCUGUCCCUGUGCCCCAUGCCCCUCCAGCCCGGGCUGGCUCUGCACUGAGUGCAGGGCGCCCCUGCUGCCUGCGCAGCGUGCAUCCUGGCCCAGCGGGUCCCUGGAGAUACUUUAAAAAAGAAAAAAGCAAAGCCUGCUCAACAGAAGGCACAGGGAGUUUUGAACUGUCCCCCCGGGACUCAGCUGAGGGAGGAGGGUCCCCAGACAGCCCCUGCAGCCCCACUGGUGUCUGCCUGUGCCCGGCCGGGCAGUGCUCAUGCUCUGCAGAGGCACGAGGACACAGCCAGUGUGACCUGGGGCUUCCACACCCCCCACUGCAGUGACCCCUCCUCAGGUCACACGCGUCAUUUCACCAGAGGGGAAACCAAGGCCUGAGAACCACUGGGGACCUUGCUGGGCCACAGAGUUCGCUUACGGGCAGCACCGGAGAGAGAACCCAGGUGUGUGCCUACCUGAGGGGACCUCACCGGGCCCUCUGGCUGUCCUGCUCAGUCACCCCUGCGCCUUCACAGCGGGACUCUUGUCCCCAUGUGCUCAGGGGAGAGGUGGAUGACAGCAGGACCCCAGCUCAGCAGCACGAAGCAUGUGGGGGCUCCCGCCCUGACCCUGCUGUGACCUGCCGUCCAUGCCCAGCACCUCACUGGCCAGGGAGUGGGGAGUGUCACAGGCCAGAGGACGGCUCCCUGACCCCACGGCGGCCCAGGGCAGACUGGGGACUGCCCCACGCCACUGUCGCCCAAGGUAAGCACUGGGGCAACCGGCUCCCGUAGGUGGUUCUGGGCAGUGCCCCGGGGACCCUGCCUGGCCCUCGCUAUAAGCCCAGGCCCCGGGCAACCCCCUGGCAGGCACUAGAGUGCACCCUUCCGGCCACCUCCCCAAAGGUGGCUUCUGCUCAGGGUGGGGCUGGAGGUGGUGCUGGGGUGGGAGGAGGGCGCCCCCCCAGGCAGGGACAGGCCCCCAGCGCAGCCCCCUGGUUCUCCUGCCGCCGCUGCACACCCAGGGCUGGCAUCUACCCCAGGGAGCUGCGUCUGAAGCAGCACCCAGAGCGCCAGCGCGUUGAGCAGGCUAAAUAUAGAGCCCGUCCCGCAUCUCCCACCCUGCCCAUCGCGGCUGUUCCUAAAAUAACCCCGCACGCGCACGGCGCUGGGAUGGGGAGGAUGCAGUUGUAAGCGAGAGCUGGCGUUCUGGUCCCGGCAGGAGCACGGUG